AUGGCAUUAGCCAGCGGUCACUGGCUGGAGAAGGAGAUGAGGGGAGAGGCCCCGAGUCCCAGACUCAUUCUCACUGUCCAUGUCUUCUGUCACAGGCAGGGCCACGCGCUAGCUGUGGCAGGAAAUGUCGCCUUUCUGUUUGGAGGAUCCUCCAGCAUGAGUCAGGAGGAGGACAUCAUUGUUUACUUCAACGACUUCUACAUGCUGACAGUUUCUCCUGAUGAUGUCAUGUGGGAGGAGAUUCCUCAGAGCGGAGACGUUCCCUCAGCCAGAGAAGGACACACUCUUUGUGUUGUGAAAGGGAAGCUGUAUCUGUUUGGAGGAGCGUCCAGCCCUGACGCCACUGAGUGUCUCCCAGGAGUCUACAGCUUUGAUAUAGUGUCUCUGACCUGGGAGGGCCUAGCAGUCGGAGGUGUGGCCCUCAGGACCCUCAGCCACAGCUCUGUUGCCGUGGGAGACAACAUCUUCGUGUACGGAGGCAGUCUGGGAGGGAAUCCAUCUGAUGAUCUCUUGGUCUUCAACACAGUGUCUCUCACCUGGACGCCGGUAAAAACCAGCGGCUCUCUGCCUCCUGCGCUGUUUGGUCAGAGUUUUGCUCUGGUCGGAGAUCAGGUGUUCAUGUUUGGAGGAUGUGAGGCAGGUGGAGACUUCUGUAAAGACUUGCAUGUCCUCAACACAGAGAGCUUGGUUUGGCAGAAAUGGGAGGUGAAGGGAGAAUCACCUGCAGCCUGCAGUGGACAAACACUGACUGCACACCAUGAUAAAGAUAUCUACCUGUUUGGGGGCAAAAGCACGAAUGAGGACGGCAUGGUGACAUCAUCCAAUGAAAUCCAUAAACUCAGCAUCUCUAAGAUGAAGUGGAAGGUUCCUCUGUACGUCGGGAUUCCUCCGGCUCGACGACACGGACACACCGCCUUCAUCCUCCACAGCCACCUGUACGUGUUCGGAGGAAAGAAUGAAGAGCAGGAGUUUAACGACCUGAAGGUGAUGAAACUCAUCAACCCCUCAGAGAGACAACCAGUGAUGAAGGAGAUUUUGUCGGAGUUUGGUCUGCAGGGAGUCAGCCACAGCUUCACUCCCACAAAGGUUCCCAAUGUUCGCUACGAGCUGAGCGACUCGGCUGCGUUCAGCCAGCCCAGGGGCCCCGCAGCUAGUGCUCAGGUGUUUGUCCACAGAGACUUCAGUGCAGUGCGAGAUCAGGCCAUGAAAAUGAUCCAGACUGCUUUCGCCCUGCUCGACCAGGAGUUCCUCAAACUGGACCGAGAGAAGUCAGAGUUGUCUCAAGCUGCUGCUGCUCUGCAAAGAGACAAAGAAGCUCAUGAAGCCUGCAGACAACAACAGCAGCAGGUUCAUCGCUUCAUCCAAUCAGAUCUCAACCAACUGAAUAUCGUCUAA